AUGACCGUCCAGCGGUCGACUCGACAUGCGCAAUCCGAUGCAGCGUCCAGAGCAGGAUCCUUCACACGCCCAGCUGCAUCAACCCCAUCGAACAUCCAAUUAAUCUCGAGAGACGGCAAGUCUCCUUCAGACAGAAGUAGAGCCCACAAUUACCACAUCCAGCAGCCAAAGAGCAAGAAUGUACCCCAUCCCAACAAGCUUAAGAACUAUAACCUAUAA